GUUGCGUUCUCGACAAUACUGUAGGCAUCAUCGUCUCAUCAGCAGAGAUGGACAUCCUCUACAAGUUCCUGUCCCACGCAUCCGCUCGAUAUGCCUCGACCUCGACGCCUCUCAACCCGGUCAGCUCCGAAUACGACUCGAGUUCCGCCGCUUCGGGAUCGAGAUCGACCACGAGCUCGACCUUGGAUUCCGCUUCGAUACAAGACGAGCAGGAUGAGCCUCGACUCCUCGUCUCGCCCGCUGAAAAGUUUGCAGCUCAAGUCAGGUGUGCUAGGGAGUCGGAUUUCCCCACGCUCCGAGACCUGACAUAUCUGGAUUCUGCCGCCUCUCCACCCUACCCAACCUCUCUCCCGCAAGCGCACGUACAAGACCUAUGCACGAACCUCUACUCCAAUCCACAUUCCCACUCGGCCUCGGCAGAGUUUACGGCCAAGAAGAUCGCGGACAUAAGGGAACAAGUCAAGAGGAGCUUGUUUCAUCUCGUCUCGGACGGCGGAGGAAGUACAGGAGGAGAGGGUUGGGACCUGGUCUUUACAAGCGGGUGUACGGCCUCUUUGAAGCUGGUCGGCGAGUCCUUCUUCUGCCCCCAUACCGGGGGCUCCGAUCCGGCUAUGAAACGGGAAUUCUGGGUGGCAGAUGAGGCGCAUACGAGUCUGCUCGGGGUAAGGGAUCUGGCUGGAGGUGCCGGAGGCAAGGUGGGGGUCUUCUCAAUGGACGAGGUGGCGGGGUCGAUGGCAAAGGCAGGAUCGUCAGGGUCCGCUCAGACAAAGGAACGAUCUCCAUCAUCAGCGACCUCGAGUACAAGACCACCGUCGACUCUGACAGGAGAACGGACCGUCGGGAGAUCUGCAACAUCAUCGCGAGCACGACCACGGUCAAGGUCCCGCCUGAUCGGAUUCCCAGCACAAUGCAACGCUUCCGGAAGACGGUAUUUCACUCCCGAGCUCUGUUCUCACAUCCGCCGGUCCACCCGAUUUCGUCAACCCGAUGAUGAUAGUGACCAACACGCCCAUGAUACCGAUGAUCGAGACGACACCCGUACAUACAUCCUCCUCGACGCAGCCUCCUACCUCUCCCCCUCCCAAACCCUCGAUCUAUCCCAGAUACCCUAUGCAGACGCCCCGGAUUUCAUCACCUUUAGCUUUUACAAGAUCUACGGCUACCCGACCGGCCUAGGGGGGUUACUCGUCAAACGUUCCAGCGCGGGAGUCUUGGUGGAGGGCAAAAGGUUUUGGGGUGGGGGGACUCUGCAGGCGAUCACACCCGGUAUAGGUCGAGGCACGAUUCCGCAGGAUGCACCUGGGUGGAAAGUCCCGAAAAGCGACCUGGUAGAGAGUCUAGAGGAUGGGUCGAUCAACGUUCACGGCAUCGUGGGGAUAUCGCAUGGGCCUGCUUGUUGGGCGAAGCUGUUCGGGGAGGAUGUGAGGGAGAGGGGAAGGUACGUGAGAUGGUUGACGAGACGGCUAGUAGGCGGGCUUGGGAGGAUGACGCAUGCGAACGGAGAGAAAGUGGUCAGGAUUUACAUGAACAGUCGGAUCGGAAGAAGAUGGAUCGAGAACGCGGCGGACGCUUCAGAAGCAGAUAUAGAUACCAGCGACUGGGAUGCCGACGACGGCGAAAAUGACCAAGGUCCGAUCAUCAACUUUAACAUCGUCCAUCCUUCCGGCCGGCUUGUCCCCCCUACCGAGGUCGACCGACUCGCCUGCGUACAAAACAUCCACAUACGUAGCGGGAGGCACUGUAAUCCGGGUUUCAUCGUCAAUCACCUGUUGGAAGGACGAGAGGACGAGAUCGUCCGGCAGUACGAAGCUGGAAUGGGAUGUGACGAGAGUGCCAAUGCUGCCGUCGUCGCGGCAAGCCUGAGGAUCAGCUUGGGGGUGUAUAAUACGCCGGAAGACGUGGACACGUUCCUGACGUUUGUCAAGCGCUUCUGGGUGUUCGAUGGACCUGAAGGGCUCGAAAGUCCGGCAGCGAGCUCGAUCGAGGGAUACGAGUUGAACGAGAUCAGGGUGUAUCCGAUCAAAUCUUGUGCGGGUCAGACGAUCGAACCGGACGAGGAGUGGAGGUUGACCCCGCAUGGACUCGAAUAUGAUCGCGAGUGGAUCUUGAUGGACAAGCGGACGGGCAAGGGGUUGUCGCAGAAGAGAUAUCCUCGGAUGGCGCUCGUCAAGCCGUGUAUUGACGUUCGCCGGCGACUGCUAGUGGUCCGUGCGGGAGAUCGGGAGUUGAGCGUCGAUCUCGAUGAAGACGGGGAAAACGAGUUCACAGAUACGUCCAUGCAGGUCUGCGUAGACACGGUCAAUCCCAAACGAUCCGACAAGUACCGCGCAAUCGAUGAAAUGCUGUCCGACUUCCUCUCGUUGCCGUGCGCGUUGGCUCGACAGGCCGGACCCGGUAGACAUUCCAAGCUGGGCGGUCCGACGACCGAUCGGGUGCCGCUGUUGCUGUCCAACGAGAGCCCUUUCCUGCUCUUGAACCAGCACAGCGUCGACAAGGUAUCCGACUGGAUCGCUGAGGGUGACACUAGGGGCCUCAUCGCCAAGGCAUCGUCGUUCAGAGGCAAUUUUGUCAUCGGCCGCCCGACCGCAAAUGUCAGAUUUGCGGCCGAGGGCGCGUUUCAGGAAGACGCAGUGUACCGGUUUCAGAUCGGGCCGCAUACAUUCAUCCCUCUUAGCGCUUGUCGUCGGUGUCAGAUGGUCUCGAUCGACCAAGAGACCGGCGAAAAGGCACCCGAGACCUUUUUGACGAUUGCAAAGCGUCGCCGAGAUCAUCGCGGUAGGAUAUUGUUUGGAACGCAUAUGAUGUGGCGUGAUGAGGGUAACGACAUGGAUGACAAACGACCGAUCAUCAAGGUCGGCAUGAAGGUUACGAUGACUUUAUCAGAAUGAAUGCAUCUGUAGAGACGGAGGUUGUAACAACGGGCGCCGCUAUGUCCGGUAGCAUCCGAGGACACUGAUGCAGAGGCAUGAAGAGCGAUUUUCAGGAAUAUUCUGAUACGAUUCCGAGAAAUUUGCCUGGCUGCUGCCUGAUGACGCAUCGCUUCUAUGUAUCAUCUAAUAUCAUUUCGAGACUAGAAUGCUAAGUCGAGGUCUACUUGUGGGUGUGCAAGCGAUGGUGCACCGAGAGCCGCCGGAGUUAGGCUCAAGCCGACUUGCGAUCGCGGCCUCGCCGCCCUACAAUCAUGCAAGGUCGGUCGAACGGCCAGAUAAUCUCUUCUAUGGAGAUCUCCU